AUGUGCAGGCCUUUAGUGUUGUUGCUUCUGCACUGGCUGCCUGGCUUCAUCGAGGGCAACUUGUUGCCCUUGGUCGCCUCAAUGAUGAUUACUCUGAGCGAGGAGAUCAAGGAAGCGAAUGCUGGAUCUGUCUCUUCGAAGGAUUCCGCCAUUGCGGCACUCACCAGCGAGGUGAUUGCCCUGAGAGCAGACUUGGCACUGUUGAAGAAGGGUUCACUCAGAUUUCACCAUCACAGAAGCUCUUGCCACGCAAGUCACAAUGAGGUGCUUGUAAGCAUCUCGGAGAAGGACUCUGCUCGCAAAUUUGCUGUUCAACAGCAAACUGCAAAGCCUGCGCCGUUCUUCCACUUCAUGCAAAUCAAGUCAAAUUCCUUCUUUGCUUGGGCUUCCUUGACCUUCAAGGCAGCAAGCUCUUGGUCCACAGGCUUUGGAGGUGGAGCUGCAGUAGGUGGGAGAGGGCGCAGCUUGAGCACUGGCAUGUUGAACAAAGGGCGCUUUGCUCUUGGUUUAGCUUUGUUCUUUGGCUUGAGCUUGCAGAAUUGA